AUGUCCAACACGUUUGAAAAACAAAGAGAUUACCUCGUGCAGGAAAUUGCUGCUGCCAUGGACUCGGUAGUAGCCAAUUUGGACACCCUUAAUCGGUCGCUUAAUGAGUCCAUUCAGGUUGGCAAGGAGUUUGAGAAUGUGGGCAGAUUGUGGAGCAGUUUUUAUGAUGGGGAGUUGAAGAAUGGUCAGGGAGAUGCUCAAGAAGUCCCCCAAGAACAAGUGACUGAUCCUGUCGAAAGCAAAGAGAAGGCUUCUACUCCCUAG